ACAGAAAAUAAAUAUUGACAAAUAAUUACUAAAAUUUCAGUGAAUAUCUAGAAUUUUUAAUGAUAAUUUUGCAACAAAUUUGAAGAGAAAUGGAUAGAGCUACUAUUGCUGACUUUAAAUCGUCUAUUUUCGAGGUGAUCAGUACAAAAUCAGCCAAAUCGUAUGGAGGCGAUUGCUCGAUUGAUUUCUUCACAAAUGACCCAAGGCCAAGGAAACCGUCACGUCAAACUCAGAAAAUUAACUAUGGUAUCGACGGACUUCGCUAUCUUGACAAUUACCUGCCCGAGGAAAUUUUUGCUUCAAAUAAAAAUAUUUUAGUAGUUCGGAAAGGUCAACCAUAUCCGAUUGCUGAUCUGUUCAAUCCCGAAGACACAGUCACAGAAAAUGAAGAAAUUAUUCCCACAUCGCCGCAAAGAAAACUUUCGACAAAAUCAUACGGAAAAACAUUUGACAAAAAUCAAAAUAAUCUUAGCGAAUCUGAUGGAUCGCCAUUAAAAUUACAAACUUAUGCUGAUUUAUCUCUUUGUGACUCUCCAUCUUAUAACUCGCCUGCCAUUUUUCAUCGACCACAAGGAGUCAUUUAUGUUCCAGAAGGCUUUACAUGUCGAAUGUCUAGACAUCUAAUAUCUUUAUUUAAUGUUAAUUAUUCAGAACUGAUGGACCAGUCAACUGAUGUAAUUUCUAAGCUGCCGUCAUUUUGGAGCUUAUGUGACGGAACUGAUAUUCAAUCAACAGUUUUAAUGGGAGCUAUUCCAGUUUUGUACAAAUCUGAGACAGCAUGUCAUUGGGGUUUAAAAUGGACCACUUUCACUCAAGUAGUGACAGAUGAUAUUGACUCCAUAGAGGAAAAAGUCUUCAAUGGAAGAGUCACCAACAACAACUGUUUUGCUCGUUAUGAUGUUGUUCAGUCGUCAGCAUACCAAGGCUCUGUAUCUUUGGAGUUUACAUGGAAAAAGGGGUCAAAACUUCUUCAAAAGCCAGAAUUUUGUUCUGCGGCCGUUAUUAAGGCGUCCGUGACAUCAGGGGAUGUUAGAAGUCCUGUUAUUGGUUUAUUCAAGGAAUUGACGAUCUUAAAGAGUUUCAUGUCAGCCAUCACCACUGGAGAGAUUAAUUGGGCAACAUCAAAAGAUGACACACUUCCACUAUUAGACCAGGUGAAAGAAUUGAUAGAAAAUAUGAAAUUAGGAGAUGCUGAGAACUUGAACAGAUUGCAAGGCAACGACUCAAAACAGUCUCCAAUGGAUCAAUUUAAACUUGAAGAAAGACUUGACUAUGAUUUUACCGACUAUUUGUGGAAGAUAAUGAUUACCUGCUCAUCUUACAGCGAACUUACCGCCAGUUUGAAUUAUAUUUUCCGAGCUUUAAGUAAAGGCGAGUUUCAACCAGCAGUUCACAAGAAAAAUAAAACCAUGAUGGCACAACUUAUACGUGAUUCUUUCACUGGUCGUCUAGUCAUACCCCACAUGGGAGGAAUUUUCCCUCUCAAACUUGUCGUAGAAAUGGGUAUUGAAAAGUUACGAUGUGAUUACGCCCAUGCCUUUGUUUCCCAGGAUCUUACUACUCUUGUUCAUUUGAAUUAUUUUAUACAAACUGACCUUGAACUCCAAGAGAAAAUCAAUAAUUUGGAGAAGAUGCAUCAUUCUUUAGAAAUGGUGGUCAUGAUUCAUCUGUUUCUUGGCUUGCCCUACUCAUUCAUUAGUAGCUGUGUACAGAAAAUGUUGAAAUAUUACGAGUCAAAGCCAGUAAAUAUCUCGGAAGUAUUUGAAUUUCCUGUGCCAACCAAACAAGAUCUUUUGGCUGCUGUUAAGAGUUCUCUCCCUUCCUUGUGGAGCCUGACUGUUCAGAAGAAAGUAGGCAACCUUGAUUUGACAGAGUCUAAAGUUUGGACACUGACAACCAGUCAGCCAUUUGUUCAUCUUAAGAAGCAAGAUGAUGAUGAGAGAGAUGAUAAGAGAAAUGAAGAUAAACCUAAAUUAUUUGUUACCUGUAGAGAAGACAGUAUUUCGAUCAUUGGUUAAUAUUUAUAUUGAUUAACACAAAAAUCAGUGCUUACUUUAAAGACAUGUUCCUUUCUACAUGUUUGACUAGCAAGACUUACAAGCCUGGAAAUAAGGCACAUGUUGCUGACAAUAUCAGGCAAAAAAUUCAGCCUUAGAGGGGCACUACUUCUCUAUUUUUGUUGAAUUUUUUAAAUAUAUCUCCUGCACAAAGUUGAAAAUGUCAAGCUCAACUUCAAUAGUGUCUGACAUUUUGUCAGGUUCAGCUAAAUCAAUAUUUCCAGGUCUGAAGACUUCUCUUUAUUUGAAACUAUCACAUUUUUCUAAUGACUAAGAAAAAUUUAAUUAUAGACUUAAAUUGCAUAAAAAGCCCACAAUAAAUUAAUAAAGUUCAUUUCAAGCUGUCAACCACUAUUUAGCAAUUUUGAAUAACAGCAUGUGCUAGUGACACAAGUUGCUGGAGCUCUGUCUGACUCAUAUAUGAUUACACCUGCAUUAAUACCUCUAUUACUUUAAAAAUUGUUUCAUUUCAAAUAAACUGAAAAUUUAAUGUUUUUAGCCACAAAAAUAUAUAUUUUUAUUUUCCAGUCAAUGAUUAUGUACUUAUUUAUUUCGAUAGUCAAGGAAAUAUAUCUUUAAACUAAAGGAUAACAUUUUAUUUUAAAAUUUACAAACUAUUGAACUGUAUUUUAAAAUGUAGGUCUUUAUAAUUAUAUUAACAGCUAAGUGAGUUUAGACUCUUGUGAAGAUAACAAGUACUGAAGUAGAUAUGUGAUGUCUUUGAUGUUGGGGCCUGCCAUACCACCCAUUGUGAAAAUGGUCUAUUCAUUCUUUAACUAUCUAGUGCUUAAUUCUCCAGUCUAUUUUAAUAUCUCCCAUAUUAGAAAUGUGUGUACACAUAACACGUUCAUGUUCUCUAUAUAUAAAUGCACAUGGCUUGUGACAAGAGUCAGUGAGAUACAAAAUUUAUAAUAAUCAUGUUUACAUGUUUCGAACACAUAAACCUUGUUGGUUUAUGAAAGCUAACUUAUUAUUACUGAUAUUUUAGGUUUAACUACAUGUAGUUUAAGGAAUGUAAUUACUAUUACUAUUAUUAGAUCACAUCGUUGAGAUGAGAGACUUUUAUUUGUGAAUUAAAAGCUAUACAUAGCAAAAUAUAUAUCAUAACAAUAUACAAUACUUAUAUAGCAAAACAUAAACAAGAUCACAAUAUUUAUGGUUUGUAAAAAAAUGUAUUUAUGUUAGAUCUAGAUGAACUUUUUAUUUAAUCACAAAUUAUCACAAAUUGUUGUACCUGUACAUUAAAUUAUUUAUAACAUAAAUUAAAAAACAUG